CUGGAUACAACGUCUGUGCUUGGAGAGCUCGGAUGGAAGACUUAUCCUAUAAACGGGUGGGAUGCCAUCACAGAGAUGGACGAGCACAACCGCCCCAUCCAUACUUUCCAGGUUUGCAAUGUGAUGGAGCCAAACCAGAACAACUGGCUUCGGUCCAACUGGAUCUCUCGACAGGCGGCCCAAAAGAUCUACGUGGAGCUUCGCUUCACCCUGCGUGACUGCAACUCCAUCCCUUGGGUGUCUGGCACCUGCAAAGAGACCUUUAACCUCUUCUACCAUGAGAUUGAUGAGGCUCAUGGUGUCAAAUUCAAGCCCACACAGUACACCAAGAUUGACACCAUCGCUGCUGAUGAGAGCUUCACUCAGAUGGAUCUUGGAGAUCGCAUUCUCAAGCUUAACACAGAGGUGCGUGAGGUGGGACCCAUGACCAAGAAGGGCUUCUAUCUGGCAUUCCAGGACAUCGGUGCCUGCAUUGCCUUGGUUUCAGUCAGAGUUUACUAUAAGAAAUGUCCAUUCACACUGAGAAACUUGGCCUCGUUUCCAGACACAGUGCCUCGUGUGGACUCAUCCUCACUUGUGGAGGUGAGGGGGGCAUGUAUUGACCAUGCUGAAGAACGGGACACGCCCAAACUGUUCUGUGGAGCUGAUGGUGACUGGUUGGUCCCACUGGGAAGAUGUGUCUGCAGUGUUGGGUAUGAGGAGACUGAUGGCUCGUGUAGUGCAUGUCGCCCAGGCUUCUACAAGGCAUUUGCUGGAAACAUCAAGUGUUCAAAGUGCCCUCCACACAGUUUCAGUUAUGGAGAAGGCGCUACAAUCUGCCGCUGUGAGAAGGGCUUCUUCAGGGCUGAGAAAGAUCCUCCAACUAUGGCUUGCACACGCCCUCCAUCUCCUCCUCGUAACUUGAUGUUUAACCUUAACGAAUCGUGUCUGACACUGGAGUGGUCGCCUCCGAGUGAUACCGGGGGCCGCCGAGACCUCACCUACAACAUCCAAUGCAAACGUUGUCGCCCAGAGCCCAACCAGUGCCAGCUUUGUGAGGAGGACCUUCGUUUCCUGCCGCGACCAUUAGGCCUGACCAACGCCACUGUUACUGUGAUGGACUUCUCAGCACACGCCAACUACACUUUUGAGAUUGAGUCGCUCAACGGUGUAUCAGACAUGAGCUCCUUCCCUCGGCAGGUAGCCAUCAUCACCGUCAGUACUGACCAGGGUGGUCCAUCUCUGGUCGGGACUCUGAAGAAGGACUGGGCCUCUCCUAACAGCAUCGCUCUCUCCUGGCAGCAACCUGAACAGACACCACUGCCCAUCCUGGACUAUGAGAUCAAAUAUUAUGAGAAGGAACAUGAGCAGUUGAGCUACUCAUCAACGCGCACCAAGGCUCCCAGUGUGAUCAUCUCAGGUUUAAAUCCAGCAACCUGGUAUGUCUUCAGUGUACGCACCCGCACAUCAGCUGGAUACAGCUCCUACUCCCCUAAAUAUGAAUACGAAACUACAGGAGACUCAUCAGACAUGGCUUCUGACCAGGGCCAAGUGUUGGUCAUCGUCACGGCAGCAGUGGGUGGCUUUACCCUCCUCGUCAUCCUCACCCUCUUCCUCCUCAUCACUGGCAGGUGUCAGUGGUACAUCAAGGCCAAGAUGACCUCAGAGGAUAAAAGGAGGACCAGUUAUCAGAAUGGACACGUUCCUUUCCCUGGGAUAAAGACCUAUGUGGACCCUGAUACAUAUGAAGACCCCACACAGGCCAUACAUGAGUUCACCAAGGAGAUCGACCCAUCCCGCAUUCGCAUCGAGAGGGUGAUCGGAGCAGGAGAGUUUGGAGAGGUGUGCAGCGGCCGUCUAAGAACACCAGGGAAGAAAGAGAUUGCUGUGGCAAUAAAGACACUGAAAGGCGGCUAUGUGGAGCGUCAGAGGCGGGACUUCCUGCGAGAAGCAUCAAUCAUGGGCCAGUUUGACCAUCCCAACAUCAUCAGGCUCGAAGGCGUGGUCACAAAAAGCAGACCUGUGAUGAUUGUGGUGGAAUACAUGGAAAAUGGAUCGCUGGACUCAUUUCUGAGGCAACAUGACGGCCACUUCACUGUCAUCCAGUUGGUUGGCAUGCUGCGUGGUAUCGCCUCAGGCAUGAAGUAUCUUUCAGACAUGGGCUACGUUCACAGAGACCUGGCAGCUCGAAACAUCCUGGUCAACAGCAACCUGGUGUGCAAAGUGUCAGAUUUUGGCCUUUCCCGAGUCCUGGAGGACGACCCGGAGGCCGCUUACACCACAACGGGUGGAAAGAUUCCCAUUCGAUGGACAGCUCCUGAGGCCAUCUCAUAUAGGAAAUUUUCCUCAGCCAGCGACGCAUGGAGUUAUGGCAUCGUCAUGUGGGAAGUGAUGUCAUAUGGGGAGCGGCCAUACUGGGAGAUGUCCAAUCAGGAUGUGAUUCUGUCCAUCGAGGAAGGCUACCGGCUACCUGCGCCAAUGGGCUGCCCCAUCGCCCUGCACCAACUGAUGCUGCAUUGCUGGCAGAAGGAGAGGAGUCAUCGGCCCAAAUUCACAGAUGUUGUCUCUUUCUUGGAUAAACUGAUCCGCAACCCCAGCAGCCUGCUGCCACUGGUAGAGGACCUUCAGAGUCUACCAGAGUCUCCGGGGGAGGAAAUGGACUACCCAAUGUUCAUCUCAAUUGGCGACUGGCUGGACUCCAUCAAGAUGAGUCAGUAUAAGAGCAACUUCAUGGCAGCAAGCUAUAACACGUUGGAUGCUGUGGCGAGGAUGAGUAUUGAAGAUGUGAGGCGUAUCGGGGUGGAGCUGAUCGGCCACCAGAGGCGGAUAAUCAGCAGUGUACAGACCCUUCGCCUUCAGCUACUGCACGAACAGGAGAAGGGCUUCCAUGUAUGA